AGUCGCGUCAAAAUGGCGGACAGUGAAACCGAAACGAACCCGCGGAAAAAAAUUAAGACUGACCAUAGUCCUGGUCAAAACGGUGAUCACCCAGAAGUUGCUGAAAUUCAGAAAAACACAGACUUACCACAAGCAGAAUCUUCUCAGGCCAUUUCUCAAGGCAAAGAAGACAUUGCAGAUGUGACCGAAAGUGGUGUUACUAAAGAAAAAGAAGAAACAAGUAAUGAAGACUGUAACAAUGAAGAUGACAAACCUGGAGAAACUGGAAAGGAUAAUUUGAAAGAAAACACAGACACUGUCAAGGAUACUGAUAGUGAUGAUGAUAUGAUUGAUGACAGGGAUGCAGGAAGAAGUAAGAUGGACUUAAGUGAUGCAGAAUCUGAUGUGAGUGCUCUGAGUGAUAUGUCAAGCCUUAGUGGAGAAGAUUCCUGGAAAGCUGCACCUGCAGGGCCCUUUGAGUCAGUAUUCAACUGUUAUUUGAGAACAAAGAAAAAAAGUGCUAGCAAUUUGGGAAGUUUGAAAGAUGUGAACAAUGAGAAUUUCAGGUGUCAGUGUCGUGUGGUAUUCCAGACUUCAGAUCGAGGAAUGGUAUAUAUGCUAGGUUAG